CGCCGCUCGCCCGCCACAGCCACAGCAGCGACUCCGCAGCCCGACCGACCCUCUGCUACUUCCGCUACUGCCCGUCAGUCGCCCGUCAGAUCGCAAAGAUGUCGCAGUCCCGCCCUCUGGCGCUCCUGAUGCUGUCUGCCGCCGUGGUCGCCCUGCUGCUGGUGGUCACCGCCCCCGCCCCCGCAGAGGCGCAGCAGGCCGCCGCCGACGGCAACAAGCUGGAGGGCCUGGCCGACGCCCUCAAGUACCUGCAGGAGCUGGACCGCUACUACUCUCAGGUCGCCCGCCCCAGAUUCGGAAAGCGCUCCGAACUCCGACCGGAUGUCGUCGAUGAUGUCAUCCCGGAGGAAACGAGUGCCGACAAGUUCUGGCGGCGUUUCGCCCGCAGGAGGUGAACCAUCUUCAGGACAGAGACGACAGCGUCGCUGGUUCCAGUACUCCCACCCUCUAACACCCUGGACAACCCUGCAGUCCCAUAAGGUUUUCUCCUGGACUACUGUCUGCAAUCACCGAUGUCAUCAACAUUCCUAACAACGAAUGCUCAGUUUUCCGUUGUUUUAUUGUCUCAGUAAACUGUUUUGUGUUUAGCGCCUUUCAUGGUCUGUUGUAACUAUUGAAUUGUAGGGAAGAUAAUGUUAUCUACCCAAUUUUGUUAAAUCAGUACAUCAUGUUUUCGUUUACCAUUAUGUAAAUCACUUCGAAAUGCAAAAUGAUCUGUGCACAUUUCCUCAAAGACUCACCAUCAGGUAUAUCUGAAGCUUACUAUGUAUUACGCUACCUCAUGAAGACAACAAUAAUUUAUUCUGCAAAGCGUUUUGGUUACAUUAAACAAUUGCAGAAUGCAAAUACCUUUCUCAAUAGUUACACAUUUGGCAGAGCAAGAUUCCACACAAUAAUUUUUUAUCCAGCGGGAAAUUAAUACGAAAACAACUCUUUGAUUCCUAAGUUUUAUGUCCAUUACAUUAUGGUCACUAUACUUAUUUAUAAAUUUGUUUGUAUCCGGUGAUUUUAUGUGGAGCUAAGAUACGAGUUGAUCAAAUUCGUUACAUUUCCUACUUCCGUUGAACACACAUACACAUUAGCUACGACACAUUCAGUCUUUACAAUAGAAAAAGAUUGGAAGAAAUCAGUCAAUUAAAAUAUCUUCUACUUGUGUACACCAUUUCAUACAAUUACAUCGCAAAUGAAAUAUUUCAUAGUCAUAAUAAAAAUGUAUUUCCCCUUGUUUAGGAAGAUUGUGAACCACUGAAAACUUUUCUAGAACAGUGUUUUUUAGUUCUUAAUGUCCAGGAGAAUUCCCUUAGAUGAAAGAUCUGUAUACUAUGUUCCCUAUUAGAUAAGACAAAAGUAUUAAUUACCUGUAUUAGAAUACUUAAUAAACCACCACUAGUGGCUGUUAUUGUUUAUACCCAAUGUAACUAUGUCAAAAAACUAAUAAUAACAAUAAAAAUAAAAUAAUGUAGCCAACCUGACCUGUUGAUCAGCGAUGCGCGAAGUCGCCUAUGCGUAAAUUUUACCCUGUUUGUGGUGGUUAUAUGUUAUCCUGAAAUUAUAGAACUGUGUUACUUUCAUCAGCAGCAUGUGUACUGACAUGUGGAUUUAAGAAAAUAAAACAGUAUUUAUUGGUAA